CCGUUGAAACAAGCAGCUACCUCACAUUCAGUAUUGACAGAGCUCCAGCCCGACUGUCAGCCUCUCACCACACCCCCAAAACCUAAAGAAAUCCUUCCAGCAGAUCCAUGGACGCCCACAUCGAACCUGAAGAUGCUGAUCAGCGCAGCUAGUCCUGAGAUCAGGAGCAGAGAACAGAGGAGGGAACUGUCAAACAACGCAAGGGAGGUGCUACAGGAGCACUUAUCGGGAGAUGAAUAUGAAAAAUCUCAACCAAGUCGCAAAGAGAAAAGUCUAGGAUUACUGUGUCAUAAAUUCUUAGCUCGAUACCCUGAUUACCCCAGCCCUGCAGCGAAUAAUUACAUUUGCCUUGAUGAAGUAGCUGAAGAGCUUAAUGUUGAACGUAGACGCAUAUACGAUAUUGUGAACGUGCUGGAGAGCCUACACAUGGUGAGCCGCCUUGCCAAAAACAGAUACGCUUGGCACGGGCGGCAUAAUCUCUCCAAAACCCUGCAGGCUCUGAAAAAAGUUGGAGAAGAGAACAAAUAUACACAGCAAAUUCAGAUGAUCAAGAAAAGAGAGUACGAGCAUGAAUUUGAUCUCGAUGGUGAAAGAAAUGAAGAAAUGGCAAGAUCUUUUGGCUCUAAUGAGCAUUCAGAAAUGUCUUUUGUCGAGCUCCCAGGAAUGGAAUUUCGUGCUGCAUCAGUAAACAGCAGGAAAGACAAGUCUUUACGAGUGAUGAGUCAGAAAUUUGUGAUGCUGUUUCUUGUAUCGACUCCUCAAAUAGUAAGCCUUGAAGUUGCUGCUAAAAUCUUGAUUGGAGAAGACCAGUUAGAAGACUUAGAUAAAAGCAAGUUUAAAACCAAAAUUAGGAGACUUUAUGACAUAGCAAAUGUUCUCAGUAGCCUUCAGCUUAUCAAGAAAGUUCACGUUACAGAGGAGAGAGGCAGAAAACCAGCAUUCAAAUGGACAGGACCUGAGGUCUUGCCAUAUAUUCAGGAUACAAAACUUGAAACAACUUCUACAACCUGUCCCCCACCUGUUUCAGAACCCAUCGCUUCCAAAGAGCAGUGUUCAAAAAACCUUUUUCCUUCAAGAGGAAAGCAGAACUUCACUCGGCAUCCAUCUCUAAUAAAGUUAGUUAAAAGUAUAGAAAAUGACAGAAGAAAGAUCCAAUCUGCUCCGACCAGUCCAGUUAAAACAAGCGCAACAGGUACUGAUCAAAAUUUAUCAGCUUUCCCAAGGCAAAUGGUUCCAGCAAUCGCUAGACAUCAGCUGGAAGGACAAUCGAAGAAAGCAAACGAGAUGAAAUUGUCAAGAUCUGCUUUGGAAUGCAAUUUAUCCUCGCCUGAGGUAGUCCCCAAGCCGCAGCCUCCUGGCACCACAGCACCCUCUCAGCAGCCGGCUCUGGCGCAGCCGCUGGCUGUCUGUCCUCCGAGCCACAGUUCGGUCUCACCAGUCAUCCUACCUCACGCUCCUUCUGGUGUUUCAUACGCGAUCUAUCUGCACCCUUCCCAAGCCCACACUGUGACAACGUACAGCCCAAGUUUCAUGUUGCAGCCUCUACCGUGUGCUAAUGUAACUGGAAUGAAGAGUCCUAACGCAGAAGUAUUAAAUAAAAUAACCACUGAGGAAGGGGACAAUCAGAUAGCUACAGAUGAGCCAACAAAGUCCUUGGCAGCUAAAGAAAGAUUGACUACAAAGUCAGAAACUUCAUCACAGAGGUGCCUUAAAAGACCACAAGCAUUACAGGAGAAUAAUUUGAUUAAAAGGUAUAGAAGGGACGAGGAAAGUCUUGAUACUUCUCUGGGAGAAUCCAUUAAAAAUGAAAGACCACCUUCCGAUGGCUCACAAGUGGAUCACGAAAUGGACAAUUUCCAGGAAGAGAGACAGAACAAAACGGAAAUAUUAGAUCAAAACAUGUCAAGUUGCUAUGACCAAUGUAAAAGAGAAGAUAUUCCAGAAACUGAGGACAGCACCAAAACCAAACAAGACAUACCUGUAGUGUAUUGUCUUUUUCUUUUUCAGACUUUUUUUCCAUCUGGUUAUCUUAUUCCUCUUACUCAGUGCGCCCAUGGCAACAAGGCAGGCUUUUCUAAAGAGAAAGCUGGGAUAUGUUCCUUACAGCACACUACCUACGCCUCACCCAUUGCUGGUGUCAUUCCAGUGACAGCAUCUGAACUGAAAGCAGUUAACAUUCCAAAAACUGCUUUCCAUCUAACACCCAUGAAUAUCAUGCUGUCACCAACUUCUCUAGCUGCUGCCCCUGUACUGAGCAACUCCUGUCUCAAUUCAAGCAACACCAGUUCUGCCCCAAACCCAAGUCCUUCAGUUCUGAACUUUACUCUGCAACACGUAGGACUAAUACCUGCUGGUGUGCAAGUUCCUGCAAACCCUGUUCUCCAGCACGUGGCAGUCUCUUCACAACCAGAAAAUGUUACCCUUACCUCUGAAAACAUGAGCUUGCAAGAAGAGAAGCCUUCUGUUCCAAAGGAACCGCAAGAGCCCCAGACAGUUACAGAAAACUUUUUUCGUACACCAGGAGGACCAAACACAGUAUCUUCACUAUCUGCAAACUCAGAUGGUACUGAGAGAAUCUCUCAAGGAACUCAGUAUAUUCCUCAACGAAAACUUGAAGUGUCAGAAGACUGA